GAGUAAACUGCUUUAAGUUUGCAGCAUUAUUAUAAGUUCGCUUAAGGCCAAAACGUCAAAACCUCAAGAAUGCGUUAAGGACAAGUGGGCGGUCUCUGGGUAAGGUCGGGAAAAACACAAAAUGCUAUUAACUGCCAACCAAAAUACAUUCGCUGCGCCACGGGCCGUCCUGUCGCCUCCUGAAAGGAACAAGUCUCACAUUGCGUAGCCGACAUGUUGACCAAGGCCCGCGAACGCAAUACACCAUCAAUUGCUUCUGAAGCGUUAAACAGUGCAGGCGCUAAACGGAUUAUCUAGAAAGAAAAAAAAAACAAUAGACCAAGUGCUAAGCAUCAAUAUGAGAGCCAGUGUAGAGAUUUGCUUUUACCUAACUGCUAUUCUUAUAUGCAUGUACACGGCAAACGCUUCGCUCGAAACCGAAAACAAUGAAGUGAAUCACAAGCUCAGCGGUGUUAUACAAUGGAAAUAUGAGAAAAGACCUUUUUGCAAUGCCUUUACAGGCUGUGGACGUAAGCGCACCUCGUACCCCUCCUAUCCGCCAUUUUCGCUUAUCAAACGCAAUGAGCUCGAGGAGAAGCCCUACAAUAACAAUGAGUAUCUAUCGGAAGGGUUGAGCGAUCUGAUUGACAUCAAUGCGGAGCCCGCUGUUGAGAACGUGCAGAAGCAGAUAAUGUCGCAGGCCAAGAUAUUUGAGGCCAUCAAGGAGGCCAGCAAGGAGAUCUUCAGGCAGAAGAACAAACAGAAAAUGCUCGAGAACGAACAACAGCUGCAGCAACAGCAACAGCAAUUGGAGCAGCGCGACAACAACUAAUAUGACGAAACCCGAUAAGGAUAAUUACCCCCAAGUUAAACACAUGAAAUCGUUUUGUAAAUAAAUAAUCAGUCUACGAAUAUAUGUA